GGGAGGCACGUGACCUGCCUAGGGCGUCCUGGACACUGCGGAACCCAUGCUUGUGUUGAUUUUGAUUCCUAGUGAAAUUAAUUUUCAGUUCUGCUGUAUUUAAUCAAGCUACCUUGACACAGGAUGGACUCAAGAUUUUCCUUUUGUGUGUGUUAUACUGUUGUGGAGGGAUUAGUUUCUACAUAUAUAAAAAUAGUGAGAUUGUGAAGGCUGAGAAGGCUGAAGGAGCACAGUGAGGAUCAUCUUUGGAAACCUCUCGUGGUCAAGGCUUUAGUUACGAUGACCUCCAAGGCCAAGCAGCAGGCGGUAUUAUGAUGCACGCAGCCGUUGAUGGGGAUUUUGAGGCUGACGAGUCCCAGUACCUCCUCUCUGACACAGACACAGAGACCCGCACCUUCAGGAUGACGGGCACCCAGAAGCUGUGUUGCCUCUCUUACUGCGUGCGUAACUGCCUGGCCCGGCUGUGUGAGGGUCUGGUCAACUGUUGCCUGCGUCGCCGCCAGCUUGCAGCGCGCUCAGUUCGUGUUGGUCACCCCACUGUGGAGAAGUUCCCCGCCAAUGUUAUACGAAAUCAGAAGUACAAUUUCAUCACCUUCAUUCCAUUGGCACUGUUUGAGCAAUUCAAGAUGUUCCUAAACCUGUAUUUCCUAGUCAUGGCCACCUCACAGUUCAUCCCUGAGCUGCGUAUUGGCUACCUCUACACUUACUGGGGGCCCCUGGGGUUUGUCAUCAUGGUUACUUUGAUCCGUGAGGCGGUGGAUGAUGUACGGCGCUGGCAGAGAGACAAAGAAGUGAACCAACAGAAGUACAAGAAAUUAACACCGCAGGGAGCACAGCGCACCAUCACCAGCGCCAACAUUAGGGUUGGGGAUCUCAUAUUUGUGGAGAAGGACCAGCGGGUGCCGGCAGACGUGGUGUUUCUCCGCACCACCGAGGCGAGUGGCACCUGCUUCAUCCGCACAGACCAGCUGGAUGGCGAGACAGACUGGAAGCUACGCCUUGCCGUCCCAGUCACACAGAAGCUUGAGACCAAUGAAGAACUGUUCUCCAUGGAUGCAACAGUGUAUGCAGAGAAGCCCCAGAAAGACAUAUACAACUUCAUAGGAACUUUCAAUAAGCACGACACAUCCACAGAGGAAUCCCUGAGUGUGGAGAACACCGUGUGGGCUGACUCUGUGGUGGCCUCUGGCAGGCUGCUGGGGCUGGUCAUCUACACUGGCUCUGAGACUCGUGCCGUCAUGAACAAUGCAGCGCCAAGGUCAAAGGUCGGCCUCCUUGACCUGGAAAUCAACAAUCUAACCAAGCUGCUGUUUGUAGCAGUGCUGGGCCUGACAGUGGUGAUGAUGCUCCUGAAAGGGUUCAGUGGCCCCUGGUACCGCUACUUCUUCAGGUUCAUGCUUCUCUUCUCCUACAUCAUCCCCAUCAGCCUGCGAGUGAACCUGGACGUGGGGAAGGCCUUCUACUCAUGGGUCAUCCACCGAGACAAGGAGAUGCAGGGCACAGUGGUCCGGUCCACCACUAUCCCCGAGGAGCUGGGCCGCAUCACCUAUCUCCUCACCGACAAGACUGGCACACUCACCCAGAACGAGAUGGUGUUCAAGAUCCUCCACCUCGGCACUGUGGCCUAUGGGUCAGACACUUUUGAUGAGGUGACAGCACACGUGGCGACCUUCUUUGGCAAGGACAGCAGCAGUGGUCAGGGAGCCUCAGCCACGCCCACACGCAUGCGGAGGACGGUGGUGACGCGGGUUGGCGAAGCAGUGAAGGCCUUAGCACUCUGCCAUAAUGUGACACCUGUGUAUGAGGAAGGAGUCAACCCAGCACUGGAGGAGGGAGACGAGAUCCAGACCAGCCACAGUGUCAACUAUCAAGCCUCAAGUCCCGAUGAGGUGGCGCUGGUGAAGUGGACGGAGAGUGUUGGCCUGCCUCUUGUGCACCGUGACCUGACCACCCUGACCUUACGCACACCUCAGGGCAAGAUGCUGACCUACACAGUGCUUCAGAUCUUCCCUUUCACCUCAGAGUCCAAGAGGAUGGGCAUCAUUGUGAGGGAGCGAAUGGAGGAUGAGUCAUCGGGCCAGGUGGUGCUAUACAUGAAGGGGGCAGACACAGUGAUGGCAUCCAUGGUGGAGUACAAUGAUUGGCUGGAGGAGGAGUGCAUCAAUCUGGCUCAGAAAGGUCUCCGCACACUGGUGGUGGCCCGCAAGGUGCUCACCACUGAACAGUACACUCACUUUGAGCAACGUUACAAUGCAGCCAAGCUAAGUGUGACGGAGCGAGGGAGUCGAGUGGCGGCGGUGGUAGAGACCCUGGAGUGUGACCUGGAGCUGCUGUGCCUUACUGGAGUGGAGGACAAACUGCAGACCAAUGUGAAGCAGACGCUGGAGCUGCUGAGGAACGCUGGCAUGAGGAUCUGGAUGCUGACAGGUGACAAACUGGAGACAGCUACCUGCAUUGCCAAAAGCUCCCGUCUAGUCUCACCAAACCAAGGCCUCCACAUCAUGGGCUCACUGGGCUCACGACGGGAGGCUCACCUGGAAUUAAAUGCGCUCAGGAGGAAGAGUGACUGUGCCCUCAUUAUCAAGGGUGAUGCCUUGGAGACCUGCCUGCAGUACUAUGAGCAUGAACUGAUGGAUCUGGCAGUGCAGUGUCCUGUUGUGGUGGUGUGCAGAUGCUCCCCGACACAGAAAGCAGCUGUGGUGAGGCUGAUCCAGCGACACACAGGCAAGCGCACAGCAGCGGUGGGCGACGGAGGCAAUGAUGUGUCCAUGAUCCAGGCGGCAGAUGCAGGAGUUGGCAUUGUGGGCAAGGAAGGCAAGCAGGCAUCACUCGCAGCAGACUUCAGCAUUGAGCAGUUCCAGCACAUUGCCCGCCUCUGUCUUGUCCACGGCCGCAACUCCUACAAGCGGUCGGCAGCGUUGUCCCAGUUCGUGAUGCACCGUGGCCUUAUCAUCUCCACCAUGCAGGCCAUCUUCUCCUCCAUCUUCUACUUCUCCAGUGUUGCGCUCUACCAAGGUUUCCUCAUGGUCGGGUAUGCCACAAUCUACACCAACUUCCCUGUGUUCUCCCUCGUGCUGGAUCAGGACGUGUCACCCGCCAUUGCCCUCACCUACCCUGAGCUGUACAAGGACCUCACCAAGGGCCGCUCACUGUCCUACAAGACCUUCUUUGUCUGGGUACUCAUCAGCAUGUAUCAAGGUGGAGUGCUCAUGUACGGUGCAAUGCUGCUGUUUGAGGAUGAGUUGAUACAUGUGGUGAGCAUCAGCUUCACCUCUCUCAUCCUGACGGAGCUCUUGAUGGUGGGACUCACGGUACGCACUUGGCAUCCCCUCAUGGUGGUGGCGCAGUUCAUCUCCCUCGGAUUCUAUGCACUCUCUGUCAUCUUCAUGCAUUACUUUGACUGGGAGUUCAUCAAAUCAAAGGACUUCUUCUGGAAAGUCCUCGUCAUCACCCUCGUCUCCUGUCUACCGCUUUACAUUCUCAAGUUCCUGAGACGCAAGUUCACGCCUCCAACUUACUCCAAGCUGGAAGAACUCAACACCUUCGGGAGCUCCAGCCUCACACAGCAGCAACCAUGAGGCGGCUGCUGUGUGUUGGGUGCUGUGGUGUGCUGAGUAUGAGUUUGCAGAGGGUAUGUUAGUUGUCAGAGCAGUGGUAGGGUUUGUGAGGCUGUGUAGGGUGUGAUAAGGAGACCAGUGCUGUGCCAGGGUGUGGUAGGAGGGUCAGGGCAGUGCUAGGGUGUGAGAGAGCUGCUGCAGCAAUGGUACAGUGUUGUUGUGAUAUCAAGGCAAGUAUGGUGUGAGUUAUUGAGAGUUACAUCCUUGCAAGCUGUGUGUGUAAAAAAUGCCAUAAUUCUACAAAAGAUAGGGUGAGUAAGACUAUAUAUUGAGUUAUCCCUUGGUGCAACUGCCAAAAGAAGUGAUUAUUCCAACAAAAGGUGAUGGAAAGCUAAAAAAUUCAUGACAGUGUAAUAAUUAGAUCCGUCUUCCACAGAGGUACAGUAGCCUGAAAGGUGAACUAAUGACAGGUGUGGCACAGGUGAUAUAGAAGCUAGUGUAGGACAGGAUAGAAGCAGGUGUAUUUUGAAUAUGAGGUGAUAUGGGCAUACAGGGAGGGGGAUGUGGGGUGUGAGGUGAGGCAGAGGUGCAUAUCAGGUGUUUAUCAGCUGUGAGGUUCUUAUGUACAGCAUUACCGGGAGUGUUCAUCUCUCGGGGCUUAGAGUAGCUUGGGUCUGGCAACACCCAGCGGACUUAUUCAAGAUGAAGUGCCUAGUGGUGGGGUGCAUCCUUGGCCCCUACAGAUUCAUCACACGUCUGGUAAUAAUCAAAAUGUGACACCCUUUCAAAUAUUUCCUUCCCGUCUCUUUCUCUUUCAUUGGUUAGAGGAGUGCAUUCAUUCAUUCAUUCAUAACUGGUUUGCUGUUUUAUAGCUACAAUAUUUUUUAUUGAUAAUGCUAAGCUGUUAUACACUAACCUAAAUUUUGUAGUUGUGAUGAAAUGUAUGCUCUUCUUUCACUGGUGUAAUUUGAGGGAAGGUCCUUGUGAAGGCUUCCCUGGUGUGUGUGUGUGUGUGUGUGUGUGUGUGUGUGUGUGUGUGUGUGUGUGUGUGUGUGUGUGUGUGUGUGUGUGUGUGUGUGUGAGUGAGGGUAAUUCACUGAGCUUUAAUUGCACAUAAAUACAUUACAGUCAGAGGGUGUGGCACAGAGCACAUAUUAUGGAUAAAGCAAGUCUUCAGAGGCCUUGUGUGUGCAGGUGAGUGUUGUGAGUGAGUGUGAAAGAGACUGGUGGCCAUUGUGAUCUUUUAAAAUGUAAUUGCCAAAAGGGUAUAAUGUUAUGAAUUCCAAGGCAUCAGGAGGGAGGACAAACCAAGUACUAAUAUGGGAAUGGUCUCUCUGCUUCCUGAUGUCUGUGGUCUCUCCUGUCAUUGCAUCAUAGGGAAAGGUGAUAAGGUUCUCUAACAUAUUGAGUGCUGUGCUUCAAGAGGUGGUGGGCAUGUAAUAGUGUUCAUAUAGUGAGUGCUGUGUGCUGAUGAAAGGUGCAGAACAUUCAUCUUCCUAACCUAACCCAACCAUCUAGAAUUUCACACACUGGUAAUGGGAAUGGUAGAGAAAAGGGAUAGGCUCAUGUCUAUUUUUGGAUGAAGUGAAUGUAGAUAAAUGUUUUUAUAGACAGAGGUUAGUGUUAGCCUCUCAGUUGCCAUUAUUUUUCCCCUUUUUUUUCAAUUCAUGGUGUGUGUGUGUGUGUCUGUUUUCUGUUUGUCAUGCAGGCUGGUGCUGGAAGCUUGCUGUUGGCAGAGACAGAUCUGAAGUUUCAAAAGUUUAUGAUAGUUUAGUUUAUUUCUUAGUUACUGUUAUUUAUCAUCACUUUUCAAGUUUCUUCAUGAUUUUAUCAUUAAGAAGCAUCUGUGUUUUUUGUACAUCACUGCUAUUUCAUAAUCUUCAUAACCACCAAGACAACACACACACACACACACACACACACACACACACACACACACACACACACACACACACACACACACACACACACACACACACACACUGGUGAACCAUCUGUUCUUACACCUCCUUCAUUGCUGUCGGUUUCCUUUUCCAUGAGACAUGUGUCUUAGAGAUAGUGGGAAUCACUCCUAAAAGUUCCCAAUUGGUUAUUUCUGAUGAGAUUUUUGUUCACUGGCUGGGAUGCCAUUGGUACUUAGGCUCACCAGUGAAUAUUUUAACUAUUCAAUGUAUUUACUAAACAUAUGAAAAGAUGACAACUUCCCACUGGCCUAUAUACAUGCAUACAUACAUAUGUGUUAAUGAUUUCUAUGUGUAAUUUUGUCAUAAAUGCAUAUUUUAUUAUAUUUUCUUAGAUGAGGAUGAGUCUUGUCCUCUGUGUUGUGCUGACGGACACUUCCUACCUCUGGCGCGUGCUGGAGUUGUAAAAAGCCAGUAUUUAUGAUUCUCUGAGAAAAUAAAAGCAAUUUUGUACUC